AUGCGUUUCUUGAACUUGGGCUUAGUUUUCGGCUUUGCUGCAAUAGCUUCAGCUGCCGCUAUUCCCCAUACCCAUGCGGUGCACGAAAAGCGGGACACUGCAGUUGCAAAAAAAUGGGAGAAGAGAGGGAGACUUUCCGCCAAUGCUCGUCUUCCCAUGAGAAUUGGAUUGAAGCAGAGAAACCUGCAUCUUGGACAUGAUCUUCUUAUGGAUAUAUCUGAUCCCAGCUCCCCCAAUUACUCCAAACACUGGACGUCGGAGGAGGUCAUUGAGAUGUUUGCCCCUGAACAGAAAACAGUCGAUGCCGUACGAGCUUGGUUGAUUGACUCGGGGAUCGCUCCUCAGCGUCUUACCCACUCUGACAAUAAAGGUUGGCUUGCUUUUGAUGCCACCACCGAAGAAGCUGAAACACUUCUUCUCACCGAAUAUCAUCUCUAUGAACAUGUAGAUGGCCAGACUACGGCUGCUUGUGAGAGCUACCACGUCCCAAAAUAUAUUCAAGAACACUUGGAUUACAUCACGCCCGGUAUCAAGCUAUCUGCACCAAGCAAGCGUUCAGUGAAGGCUCGCUCUGCUAGCAAUAGGAUCCACAGUUCUAUCCCAUUCCAGAGGGCUACAGAUAUCUCGACUAAUGACGACCUUUCUCAAUGCUACAAUGCCCUAACCCCUGCUUGCCUCAGAGCUCUGUACGGAUUUCCGGAAACGCCUGAGUAUCCAGGUGGUCAGGCACGCACCGACAACUCUCUUGGGAUCUUCGAAGAAGGCGACUUUUAUGAUCAGGCUGAUCUCGACACCUUUUUCGCAAAUUUCACACCGUAUAUUCCUCAAGGAACGCAUCCAGUGCCUGCCUUCAUUGAUGGAGCACAGGCGCCCGUGCCCCAGUAUGAUGCUGGACCAGAGUCUGACUUAGAUCUCCAGCUGUCGUAUCCCAUCAUCUACCCCCAGAACGUAACGUUAUUUCAGACAGAUGAUUUGUAUAGCGCAUAUACGUCUCGCGGCUUUCUUAACACGUUCUUGGACGCAAUUGAUGGAUCAUACUGUACAUACUCAGCCUUCGGCGAGACUGGUAAUGAUCCUAUUGAUCCGGUCUAUCCUGACACAGUCUGGUCCGGGGGGUAUAAAGGCCAAUUGAUGUGUGGUGUCUACGAACCAACUAAUGUCAUAUCGGUCUCAUACGGCGGCUCGGAAGCUGACUGGCCAACAUACUACCAGCAAAGACAGUGUAACGAAUACAUGAAAUUGGGUCUUCAAGGAACUUCUAUCUUCUUUGCAUCUGGAGACGCCGGUGUGGCUGGUCGAUAUGGGGAUGGUAACGUCGAUGGCUGCCUUGGAACUUACGGACAAAUCUUCAGUCCAGGAUUUCCCACCAGUUGUCCUUAUGUGACGAGCGUUGGCGCCACGCAAAUAAAUCCAAACAGCACCGUCUACGAACCCGAGAGUGUAGCCGACUAUCCAGAUUGGGGAUAUUCGUCUGGUGGUGGUUUCAGUAAUAUUUACCCUGUUCCUUCCUACCAGCAUUCAGCGGUCUAUGACUACCUUCAAAGACAUGACCCUGGCUACAAAUACUACCGUGGGAAUGUGAGCUUGGCGACAACAGAUGGGCUUUACAACCGCAGUGGCCGUGGGUAUCCUGAUGUAUCAGCAAAUGGAUGGAACCUUGCCGUUGUUAUUGGCGGCGAGACCGGGGUAGAAGGAGGAACCAGUGCUGCUACUCCCAUCUGGGCCUCCCUCAUCAACAGAAUCAACGAGCAACGUCUCAACAUCGGCAAGAAGACCCUAGGCUUUUUGAACCCAGCCUUGUAUGCCAAUCCACAUGUGCUGAACGACAUCACGACUGGAUCGAACCCAGGCUGUGCAACGAAAGGAUUUCCAGCUGCGACAGGCUGGGACCCAGCUACGGGACUUGGAACUCCUAACUAUCCGAAGAUGCUUGACUACUUCUUGAGCUUGCCGUAAACGAGAUAAGGGCAAUCAAGUAGAAAAGAAGAAAGUCCGUCUUGGUGGGAAUGACCUGAUGAAUGGGAGGUUCUUUUGAUUCUAAGCAGCUUGACUGGAGAUAAUCUAAAUUGACAGUAAC